CGGUAUUUUGAAAAUGAUCGAUAAAUCAACGUACGCCACAUAACCCCACAAAGACAGGGACAUGAUGGAGCACCCUUUUUUUUCAGCUUCGAGGGCAGAGCGUAACCCUUGCCCCUCAUCUGUACUCCACAGCUGAAUGCAAGGUGUCUGUGCCGCAGAGAACAACACAUCACAGCCACAGCUGCUAGGCGCCACGACGUACAACAUGAGAUAAGAGAGAUUAUCUCUGCCAAACAGUGAUAGCCGCCACUUGUUCAUGUCAAGAUAUAAUCAAGGUUCACACGAGCUACUGAUACAAAGUAAAAGAAGUACAAAGCAGAGCGACUCUCACAUAAUGUCCUUCACUGCAGCUGAACGACGCCAAGUCUUUUUAGCAUGCAAGGCGAUCUUCUCUGGCCCUCAUGCCCUAUUUCGAAAGUUAAAGAUCAUUACCAAACUUGUUACGAAGCAUAAAUCCUCACUCUGCACUUUAAUUCCCGAUUUCAACAUCAAUAGAGUCUCUCUUAUCGCUCAGGAACUCCUGAAAGAUAGGGUAUUUGAGUCAGAUAUCAAGGCACGCCUCAUAUUCCCCGAUCUUCCUGCGUCAUCAACGACCAAGAAGAGCGAACAGGAUUCCUUUGGAGACGAGGCAACCCGUAUGGUAGCGGAGACUGUCAGGGAGAGCGAGCCAGUAAGCGACAGACAGGAAUGUGAAACCACACAAAUUCCUCCUGUGUCGGUGUCCGUGGAAGUAGAGGCUUCUGCGGAAGAAAGGACUUGUAUCGACCGAGCAAUUACUUGCCUGCCUUCGCCCCCAUUAUCAGCAGAACCAGAGCUGCGAAUUCCAUCAUUAUACCCAUUGUACUUCCCAUACCAUGCUCAACAUUCUAUCUUGUCACAAGUCCAGCAAGUACUGGAAGAAUGCUGUUUUGACUUUACAAAGAAAUGGCUGCCGUUGGAACUUGAAAGCCAUGGAUGGGAUUGCGCUGCAGCGGUAGAGCUCACAAAAUGGACAAGACUGUUAAUGGAGUGGUCACCACAGCUUCCUGAUGGCUCAUUACAAUCGAAUGGCUCGGAGUUUCGCGAACGUCUUGCUAACGUUUCUGGAAUCCGACACACUGCAGUUCAUCGAAUCCCAACAACAGCCCGAGGAAUCGACACGUUAGUCGUUUCGGCUAUGAGACUGACGGAAGCUUUGCGGGAUACAUUACGCACGUCACAAUUGGAAGAUCUUCACCUCGAUAUUCAAGCUAAGAUCGAGGCGAUGGAGUUUAACAAGAACGCUCUUGAAGAGCAUCUUAGCCGUGAGUUGGAAGCCAUCCAGCGGCAACGAGAAGAACUGGACAGGAAGGAGGUAGAACUUCGAGCAAAAACUAUCGCUAAUGAUAAUGAGAAUAGAGGGCUUAUGGGUCUCUUGGUCAGAGAAUCAAUGGAAAGGAUCUUUAGCAACGGGACUUAUGAGAAUAGCUCAACUGGGUUUGUAACAGCUGAUGAGAGGGCGGAAGAUGACUGAAUAUAAGUUGUCACUCAACACACACACACACACAUAGAGCACUCCCAACAUGCCUUACCGUGGUAUGCUGCUAGUGAUACUAUGUAUGUAGGGGUCGAAUACCCAGAGGGGCUACGACUCAUCAUGAGGCAUCUGCAACAGCGGGCCUCUCUAAUGUUACCAUAGAGUCGGUGCUUCAGCCCUACAACCCAUUCUAGCUAGACCUGCUGCGAGAGAAGUGGGGUUGAAGCUGUGCCACGGUACUAAAGUUGGAUUUAGU